CUUUUGUCUUACAUGAUUGAAGCUCUCGAAAUAGGUUACAUGCUACACCUAUCAAAUAAAGUGUCAUGUUCAUGAUGUUGUGUACACAGAAUACAUGCUUGAAUUAGAUCUACAUAAUUUUACAGAGACACAGGCUACAUAAAUACGAGUUAAUACAGCAGUAUGGAAGAAAAAGCAACAACACUGAUCUAGACUAGUCCUGUAGCCUGAUGGCUGCCAGCAUGCUUGAAGGCAAGCAGAUUGAUGUGAAGGAGCUGUUCACUCUGCUGGAAUCAGAGGAGACACAGGUCACAGAGGGGAUCACCACACUAAUACAGGAACACCUGGCAUCAACCAAGGAGUCAUGGCUAGUGCAUAGCUUAGUGGACUACUACUUCCUGACCCAGUCUCAAAGUGUGGUUGACAUCCUCUGUAAGGUCGCUGACCCUCAUGAUAAGCACUUACUGGAGAAGCUCCAUGAUGGUAUCAAGUCCAGCGAUCACCAGCUGCCCGCGCUGCAGCUGCUGCUGUUUGUUGUCUGCAGGGAGCCACUCUGGCUCCACAAGAUUGUGUCUCAGUCGGUACUCAAGGUCAUCCUCAAGUGCCUCAAGGCAGAGACAAGCAUUCCUGUCCUAAUGACGGGCGUUACCAUAGUGACCAUUCUGUUGCCAUCGAUACCAACCCUGGUUGGACCCUACCUUCCGGACCUGUUUGAAGUGUUUAACAGACUGGCUUCAUUCUCCGUCAAGAAACUGCCGAGCAAUGCCCCGGACAUCUUCCUGCUGCAUCUUCAGAUUGCGGUGUACUCCCUGUUCCACCGGCUGUACGGCAUGUUCCCGUACAAUUUCCUCACCUACCUACGCCACUAUUACUCUAAGAAGGAGAAUGUGGCAGUCUUUGAUGAAGUCAUCAAGAGCAUGUUGGAGCGUGUCCGUCUGCAUCCCCAUCUGAUCACAGGCACCAAAGAGCAGGAGACCUCAACACAGAGAUGGAAAAAGAAGGAAUGCCAUGACAUCAUAGUGGAGUGUAACAAGAUGUCCCUGGACCCUAUAGAGGGGACAUGGGAGGAGCUACAGUGUCCAGUCUUGACCAACCCUUCACAUUUCUUUGUGCGGCCCCUACCGGACAGCACUGACACUGUUCAAGCGAUUACAGCUCCUCUUUGUCAACCAGCCCUGACUGGCCCAGAGCUGAGCCCCGGACUCUCCCCUCCCAACACUUUCUGGAGCCCCUCGGAGGUGAUCGGUCUCUCCACCCCGCCUUGCUCUCAGCUGACCACGCCUGCUCCCGCUGUCACCAUGGAGACCACUGUGGUGCAGUCUACUUCACAACAAGUAGGUCCAUCACUCCUGGUGAAUGCAGUUUUAACACCAGUCAACACUCCAGUUGAGACUCCACCUGUAAGUGAGGAUGUUGAAAGGGUUCGCACCAACAGCCGAGGGAUACCACAGACAAAAUCCUUGGACCCAAAGCGCCUUAGCUGCGAAUUCUCCACUAAUCAUGCGGUUCCCUUACUGACCCCCUCUAGUCACAUCCCAAGCGUACCUCCGUCCCCUCUUAGAACCGAAUUCAUCAACACUCCGCCUCUCGGUGCAAAAACCUUCCCAGUUCUACAUGCCGCGCGGGAAUUGCAGUUUGAUCAUGAAUUGAGUGAAGAAAUGACCAAGCAACAUUUGGCAAAGAUUAAGGAAUCACGGGUUGAGACGCUUAAGCCAAUACUGGACGCAAAAGCAUUGGGCUCUGAUUCGAAAGCACAAAACAGUGGCCCGAAUACGGCUGAGAGUUCCAAGGCCACGUCCAGGUGCAGUUCGCUUACAUUUCUGGAGGACAGUCUGCGGUCUGGUUCCCAGGUCACGUACAGUGUGAACCAGUCACAGGAAGUGGAUACGGGAUCCCAGCCCUUGCCAAACCAGUCUAGUCAGGAAGAUGGUGCAGCCAUGAAGCACCAUGAAGACGUAGCAGUUGUUUUGGACCCUGGAUCUUCACAACUGGACACAGUCUCCAUUGACAAUCUGUCACAAGUCAUUGAGGGACUUAGCAUUAGUGAUGAAGAGAAUGACGAUGAGGUGUCGGAACUAACAUCAAAUUCACAGGGCACUCAUCCUACAUUGACUGCGGAAUCCGUGAAGAAAUUCAUGAAGAGUGUCAACAGAAUCCGCUUUAACAGUCUGACAGCCACAAACACCGUGGAACCUGCAAAACCCAAAUUCAGCUCCAAAAGUAGGUCAAGGUCUUGUCCCCAGUUCCCAAAAGUGACCACAACUUACGAAGACGACGAAGAUGAGGAAGAGGACGUUGUGAGGAGCCUGUCAACCGACGCUCGAGGCGGCGAAACUCAGCCUUGUAAGUUUGAAGUGUCCGACAUGGGUCCCUCUGUCAUCAAGCCCAUCAUUUUGGACAGCUUUGCGAAGCAGCCAGCGGAUCUGAAGGAAAUCUCGUUGAUUUCUGGCACGAGUACGACAGUAUGUGUGAACGUCCGACAAGAGACCACGGUGACUAUGACAACCACUAAGUUCGGUGAUAUGGGGGUGGGUGUAGUCCCUCAGUGCCCCGUGUUUGCUGACCGGGCCCAAGGGUCCUCCCAUCCAAGGACAGCUGAGGAGAGAAGUAUGCUGCAAGUGUUACGGGAUGUGCUCAACAUCUCUGCAUCAAAUACUUGUGCAAAGUGCAAGGGAAACGUAACGGAAAAUCCCCAGGAUCAUGCCGAGCCAUUCUUCCUGACGUACUCACCCCCGGAGCUGCUGGACCGCCACCUACAGCUGGGACAUGAUAUCCACGCCAAGGAGCUCAGUAGGAUACCCAUGCCCAGCACACAGGACGUCAACUGGACACACUUUGGGGGCAUGCCCCCGGCUGACGAGAUCUCAAUCCUGCGUACCCAGCUCAAGCUGAUGCACAACCAGUUGAUGUAUGAGCGACACAGACGUGAUCAGCACGCCAAGAGGAACAGACGUCUGCUACGUCACAUUGCCAACAGCAAGACUCUCGAGGAACAGAAUAACUCCAUGCGCGAGCAACUGCAGGAGCGCGAUCUCAGGAUUCGAGAUCUGCAGGUGUCCAUAAAGCUGCUUGAGAGGGAGAACAGGAAGUUAAACAAUGAACAAGAAAGCCAUCGCUACCAAAAACUAGUGCAACUGAGUGCCUGCCUACAGGAGAAUGAGGACCUGAAGAAUGCCAAGAAGGAGUUCAACACACUGCUGGUGAGACAGAGGGAGGAGCAGGACGCUUUGCAGAAGAACCUGAAUGCAUGUCAGGCCAAGCUGUUCAAUGCCACAAAGGAACUGGAAAAGAUGUCUGAAGUGGCUGCUGAUAACGUCAAACUCAAAGAACAAGUGAUUCAUCUGCAGAAGGAGGUGGUUCUCAUGGGAGAGCUGCAACACAAGAGCAGUGAGAAACUCCUGGCAGCCAAGGCAUCCAAGGCUUCCCGACUGGAACAUCAAUAUGCCCAGAAAACACUCGUCAAUGAAAUCAAUGGUCUAAACUAUGAGCUCAAGAGGGUGGUGACAGAGCAGGAAAGCUGCAGGGCUCAGCUACGUGAGCAAGCAGAGACCCUGGCAAUCAAGGAGCGUGCAUUGGCUGAGGUGAAGAUGAUCUUGGAGAAGAUGAAGACGAGCCACAAGGAAGAAAUGAAGAGCAUGGAGGAAAAGCAUAGAGCUGCCCUGCGUGUGAACCAGGCUUUGGAGGCACACAGCCUACAGCUGUAUGCAGAGAUAGAAAGGGUCAAAGCCAAACUGAACUCUGGUAAGGGUGGUCAAGCGCGAAGUGAUCUUAGUCAAGGGAGGGUCAAGACCAAACUGAACUCUGAUGGUUCAAAGCCGCAGACGCCCACCUGUCUGAGUGAACCAUUCAGAGAGCGUAUAGGCUCUGACCCGUCCUCCAAAUCAGCCUCCUCACAUCGGAACAUACUGACGCGGAUGACAAGCGUUCCUGCAGUUAGCAACGUCAUAGGAGAGGACUUGGAAGGUCAAAGGUCAAAUUCCGUUCCUAAGGGAAACGAAGCAAAACAUUCUGCAGUUGACAAAGAUUAUCACAUUGUUGGAGAAUUCGAGCAUAGUGCAGAUAUGGGUGCAGUUCAGCAGUCAAGGAAUGAUGAGACGGAAGGAGCUUCCGUGACAUCGAGAGUUUCCAAUAGAGGACAGCAGCAUCAAUUCACUGAUAGGGAAGAUAGUCAUACUGCCUUUUACCCUGGUAACAACACUUCAUACUCUGGGUUCCAUUAAUCACUGAUAUUUGAGAUAGUCGUACUGCCUUGUAUCCUGGUAACAACACUUCGGACUCUGGAUGAUAUUAAUCACUUAUUGAGAAUAAAGGCUAAUUGCCUUCUACCCAGACAACACCAUUUCUGACUCUGGGUUCAAAUAAUCACUUAUAGUCAAGAAAGCCAUUCUGUAUCAUACCGUGGCAACAACCCUCCAGACUCAGGGUUCCUUUAAUCAUUGAUAGUGUUACAUGUUUGAGAAAAUCAAGAGUUUUCUACCUUUGGUCAGUGUGUGUGCUAUCCCGUGUAAAUUCAUGUAUUUAAACUCGAGGUCAAGGUAAACUCGAGGUUAAGGCAAUGUUUGGAUGUUGGAGUCUGAAUUUUCAUACCACAGGAUGUUCAUCACACUAGCCUUUAUAUUGUGUACAUUAAGGCAAUAUAUUUGAAGGUCAAUACAAAGUCAUGGUGAUAUAGUUGUCCUUGCUGCCAAGGGUAGACAUAUUUUAAGAUGUCAGAACUGUUCAAAUUGAAAUUGAACAUUUGUACUACGAUAACCUUACACUGUGCCAAUCUGUGUCAGAGGUCAUCGUGUCAUAGUUUAUAUGAUGUACAUCUAGCAAUCAGAAGCUUUAGGUUUGAUGAAGCUUUGGAGAAUGUUUUAAAGAAAUUGCUCUACACAGGAAAUAGAUAAGAGUGUCAUAGUAGGUAUAAGGUUUUGAUGCAAUCUGGCUAAAAUAAAAACGUUUAAACCGUUCCCUUACUAUGAUUGUUCAAUAAGAAACAAAAAUAUUUUCCAAAGUCAAGUCGUUUAAGAAACUUUUACCGUGUACUGAUGCUUAAACGUUUAUUAUUCUAUAUAUGUGUUGUUGUUACUGUUUGUAUUUUUAAUCUUAAUCAUGCUGUCAAGCUGUUGUUGCUUGCAAAUUGGUUAUUUGUUCAUUGUGUUAAUUGGCUUACCAGAAUUGAGUUCCAGUAAGCAAGGCUAUCUCUUCUUGUCAGUUGAAUUCAAGGCAAGAGCUCAUUUUUCUGUUGAAGGGGACCGUUAGGACAGGGAAAAAUACAUGUUUCUUAUAAUGGACUUUAAUCCAGGAAUGUGUAAAAACUUACAGCAAUGUAUUUUUAUUAUGUUGUUUAUGUCGAGCAUAAUAAAGCUUUGAUACAUGAA